CAGCUCAGUCUGGCGCGGGGAAAUGGAAACAGUACGCAAUUAAAAGUCGCCAGAAAGUACCACAUAAUGAGGCUUCACAAGACGGGAUCAUGAAGUUUUUGGACCUUUUUGGGCGCCUAAAAUCUGUGGUUAUUGGGAUGGUUCAUGUUAAAGCCUUACCAGGCACCCCCCUGGGCUGUAUGAAAAUCUCCCAAAUCACUGAAGAAGCAUGCAGGGAGGCAGCCAUGUACCGUGAUGCAGGGAUUGAUGGUGUGAUCAUUGAGAACAUGCAUGAUAUCCCUUACUCGUUCUCCGUGGGCCCCGAGGUGCCCGCCUGUAUGACUGCAGUAUGCGCUGCAGUGAGAAGCAUGUGUCCAGGCCUGCCGCUUGGGGUGCAGAUCCUGUCUGCUGCUAACCAGCAGGCUCUGGCAGUAGCUCUGGCUUCAGGUCUGGAUUUCAUCAGGGCCGAGGGUUUCGUCUUCUCUCACGUGGCCGAUGAGGGUCUCCUGAACGCCUGCGCCGGAGACCUACUGAGAUAUCGCAAGCAGAUCGGAGCCGAGCACUUGCACAUCUUCACCGACAUCAAAAAGAAGCACAGCUCCCAUGCCCUGACAUCGGAUGUGAGCAUUGAAGAAACAGCCCGUGCCGCCGAGUUCUUCCUCUCGGAUGGACUCAUCAUCACAGGAGCAGCCACUGGAGUGCAGGCGGACCCGCGGGAGCUCAGAGAGGUUUCCCAGUCUGUGACAAUCCCAGUGCUGAUUGGUUCUGGAGUGACCUACGACAACGUUGAACGCUACCUCGAUGCAAACGGCAUGAUCAUCGGAUCUCAUUUCAAGCAGGGUGGCCACUGGGCCAACGCCAUCGACCCGGAGAAAGUGAAGAGGUUCAUGGGAAAGAUACGUGAGCUGCGAAAAUGAGAGAGGUCGCCUGUCAUCAUCACCAGUGCCUUUGACAUGUUAAUUACUGUCUGUACUGCCUCAUUAAACACAUAAAGCCACCAACUUAAGAAAACAA